AAUUUGGGACAAAAAAAUGGACUGUAGAUGAUUCCCUGCAUGGCACGCUUUACAGCACCCAAUUCUUUCAUUCAAAUUUUCGCUUCCGACCCCGAGAAAUCCGAACGUGUAUUUUUAAUGAAUUGUGCCGGUUCUGGGGAAUUUGGAAAGUAAUGGAGCUCGAGAAUAUCGUGGCAAACACAGUUUUGCUAAAAGCCAGGGAAGGCGGAGGUGGCAAACGGAAGGGACGUAGUAAAAAAUGGAAGGAAAUCUUAAAAUUUCCACAUAUCAGCCAAUGUGAAGACUUGCGAAGACAGCUGGAAAGAGACUAUACGAGCUUGUGCGAGAAGCAGCCAAUUGGACGCCUUCUUUUCCGCCAAUUCUGUGAAACAAGGGAACAUCUUUUUAAAUGUAUUCUUUUCCUCGACGCAGUGAUAGAAUAUGAAGUUGCUCCAGAUGAGAAGAGGAAGGAAGUCGGAGAGGAGAUUAUCAGAAGGUUCUUCAUGUCGGUGUCUGCAGACUACGUUCCCGAGAUCACAGAUGCACACAUGGAAGAAUGCAAAGAAAGCUUUGGAAAAAACCCAUGCAAAGACAUAUUUACCAAAUGCAUUAGCCACCUCCAUGAAUUUCUGCGAGGGUCCCCUUUCCGAGAAUACCAGGAAAGCAUGUACUUUGACCGCUUCCUGCAGUGGAAAAGUCUCGAAAGACAAGCAGUCACAAAGGACACGUUCCGGCAGUACCGAGUGCUGGGCAAAGGCGGAUUUGGGGAGGUAUGUGCCUGCCAGGUUCGUGCCACUGGGAAAAUGUACGCGUGCAAAAAGCUAGAGAAGAAGAGGAUCAAGAAGAGGAAAGGGGAGGCGAUGGCGCUAAAUGAGAAGCAGAUCCUGGAGAAAGUGAACAGCCGAUUUGUGGUCAGCCUGGCUUAUGCUUAUGAAACAAAAGAUGCCCUGUGCUUGGUUUUAACCAUCAUGAAUGGAGGAGACCUCAAAUUCCACAUCUACAACAUGGGCAACCCUGGUUUUGAGGAAGAACGCGUGGUGUUCUACGCUGCCGAGAUCUGUUGUGGUCUGGACCACCUACACCAGGAAGGCAUUGUCUACAGGGAUUUAAAACCAGAAAAUAUUCUCUUAGAUGAUGACGGUCACAUCAGAAUCUCUGACCUGGGAUUGGCCAUUAAAAUUCCAGAGGGAGAGAGCAUCAGAGGAAGAGUGGGAACGGUGGGUUACAUGGCUCCAGAAGUGAUUAAGAAUGAGCGCUACACAUUUAGCCCGGACUGGUGGGGUCUGGGGUGUCUGAUUUACGAGAUGAUCGAGGGACAGUCUCCGUUCCGCGCGCGAAAAGAACGGGUGAAAAGAGAAGAAGUGGAGAAGCGAGUGCAGGAAGAGCAGGAAUCCUAUUCUGAUAAAUUCUCAGAACACACGAAAUCCAUCUGUAGGAUGCUAUUGACCAAAGACCCGAAGCAGAGGCUGGGCUGCGGGGAACAUGGCGCCCACCAGGUGAAGCAGCAUCCCUUUCUCAGGAACAUCAACUUUAAGAGGCUGGAAGCCGGAAUAAUGAAACCGUCCUUUGUGCCAGACCCCCGAGCCGUAUACUGUAAGGACGUCCUGGAUAUUGAACAGUUUUCUACAGUCAAAGGAGUCAACUUGGACCAAACCGAUAAUGAUUUCUAUGUCAAGUUUGCAACGGGCUGUGUGCCGAUACCGUGGCAAAACGAGAUGAUUGAGACAGAGUGCUUUAAGGACCUCAAUGUCUUUGGACCAAAUGGGACACGUUCUCCUGACCUAGACUGGAGGCAGCUUCCUGAGCCCCCGAAGAGGAGCUUACUGCAAAGGAUCUUCCGGAGACAUCACACAGAUUAUACCAUUGAUGCAAAUGACUCCUCCGUCGCCAAUGCCAACACCACAAACCACCACUUCCAAGGCAGGAUGGCGACCGCCAGUGCUCCCUCUUGACAAAAAAGGGAAAUUUAAGAACAUAUCAGACUUUAUUAUUUUUUUUUUUUUAAUUUGUGGAACUCCUCCAUAUCAGACGUCCUUUUGUUAUCCCUUCCCUGUUUUCUCAGGUUUAACCAUGAACUGUGCAAGUGAAAAUUGUCUUUUUACAUGAAAAAAAUAUACAUAUAUAUAUAUAUAUUUUAGGUCUUCAGGACCCAAAGGACUUGAGAGAGAAAAAAAAAUGUAUUCUUGCAGGCGGAAACAAUUUUACCCUUUUUGGAGGGAUGGAUAUUUGACUGUUUUUUCACUUCAAUGCAGAUCACUGCUGCAAAAAGGUUUAUGUUCAGCUAACGAUAUACAAGUUUUUUUUUUUUAUGUUCUGUAUAAUUUUUUUUAUGACUUGGUAAGACAACAUGUAAAAAAAAAAAAAAAUCAUCCGCAAAUGGCGCCAUUUUAUUCCAUUUUGGUGUGGCAUUUUGAUAGAACCUGAAAAGGGGUUCUGAAUUCCCUAACUGAACGAUUGUGUUCUCUGCACCCAUUUUAAAAGCGAUCGCUGUGCCUACAGAUGAUCCAACGAGGAAUUUCUUUAUAAACGUAAUAGGAAUAUCGUUUUAAAACGUGAAUUUUAAAAAAGUUAAAAACGCGUUGGCACAUAUUUAAAACCCCUUCACCCUGCGAAGUAUAAAACUGGAAGCAAUGAUGAGAAACUUUCAGCCGGUUUCCGUGAUUGUUCCAGGUAUAGGAUCUGCCCCUGAAUCGAGCUCCUGAUUGCCUUAAUAAAUAUGGCCGCUAAAGCUACCGUUUUUUCCAGGCCUUACCAAACUUCUAUCUUUUUCAUGCAUGGAACCCUACAAGUUACCUCAUGCUUUUGGCUUUGGUGAUUUCACCGUUCAGCCAAUGAGAAUUCUCCUGGUCGCCAAUUGAUCUUCGAUGUCCGAUCCAGAGAAAAUGUCAUAUUUAAAUGGUUUUAGUAUUGAAAUUCCAUUUUGAUUAGGGAUAGAUAUAUUUAUAACCCAGAAGGCAAGGAGAGAAUGUGUUAGCCAUGUUUAUCAUUUGGGUAUAUAAGGUAGGAUCCAAGGAAGCUUGGUCUACGUAUUUUAUCAAUUUAAAAGUUGUCAUAUUUGGUAACCAGAAAAUGGUGCUAAAAAUGGCCGCCGAGCUCUGCUUGUUAGGGUAUUGUCGAUUAACCAAAUGGAGAAGGAAACAAACGCAAUUAUUUCUGAAAAUACCGUAUUAAAAACCCUCACGAAUAUUCUGUAUCAAAUGCAAAAAAGGGUAAUUAUAGCCUCACAUCGUGACCCUAUGUACAAACUGUCGAUGGUUAUGAAAUGUAAUAAAGGUUAUUAUCGUCAAGCUUCGAAUAUCCAUAUACAGAAGAAGCUUAAAGGGACAGUAUAUAAAAGUAUUAAGUCAUGUAUCUAAAAUAUAUAAAAAAAAGGGAAAUGUGAAAAAAAAAAAAGCUUUUAUGCUUGCUAUUUAUUUUUUUACACAUAUAGUGUCCUGUAGUCAUGGAUACCAAUUCAUUAAGUUCUAGGAUUUUUGUUUUUAUUAUUCUAGCUAUUUGAAUGCCUAUUUGUGUGUUUUUUUUUUAAUCUUUGAGAGCCGUGUUGGAUAUCCCUAGCAUAAUUUGAGCCUUCAGGGUCUCACCAAUUCAUAACAAGACAUUCUGCAUUGAUUGCAAAUUACAAUAUUUUUAUUCCUGUAGUUAAUAUUGUGGUUAUUUACUAAUCCACAUCAUUGUAAAAACUAUCUGGAUCUUUGCAAAAUCUUAAGUAAAAGAAAAAAAAAAUGUUUAGCCAGACCACAAUAUCACACCAGAUUUGGCUCUUCCCCAUAAAGGUAAACCACAUUAUAUACUGUCAGAUAAAAUACAAUUUGCAGUAAAAAAUAUAUAUAUAUUGUUCCCACAAACCCAUGUCUUUGUCACUUUUAUUCUUAGUUCUUUUUGGACGUGUAUGUACGUUUCAAACCAUUAUUUUAAAGAAAUAAAGGUGCCGAAUAUUCCACAUCCUAAAA